AUGGCUCCACCCACAGCCGACCACCCCGAACCGGUGCCGCCGAGGAAACGGCGCCGCACUGCCCUGGCCUGUGAGGAGUGUCGCGACAGGAAGCGCAAGUGUGAUGGGGUCAAACCUAUAUGCGGAGCAUGCAAAGGCCGCUCUACGGCACAGUGCAUAUGGAAGCAGGAAAGGAACAGCAAGGGCUGGUGGAGCAACAGUUAUGUCCAGGAGCUCAAGAAUCGUAUCAGGGAGCUGGAGGAUACUCAGAGCAUGGUGAAUAUCACGGACGACCUAGUUGACUCGGCCAUCCCUCCAUCUGAUCGAGAAUUCGGCCCCCCUGUCUCGUUGGCCCCCCAUCUAGAAGCCUCUCCUACUUGUCAAGAUGUAGGCGACCACCACGAGGACGCACCCACUGAUCAGGGUACUCCCAUACGUGAAGAGAUUGGCUCACGCGGGACGAAUUCACUGGAGGUGCGCCAACCAGAAACUGCGUUGCCAUUGGCAUCCGCGGAAACAGCCCAUAUCGAACAUGCUUCAGAUCAAGCCUCUGUGCUGUGGGCUGGCAUGGACUUUGAUUCGGCUUCCAGGUUUACUCCUCCCACCAGAGAUUCUCUCGAAGAAAACGGCAGGUUGGAUAUAGCCGACCUGGAAGCGGGACAACCCGCAAUGAAUGCCAUGGGAGUUGUUAUCUCUCCACGUGGUACCACUACUCAACCAACAAGAAGAGGCGCGGAUUACUUUGGCCCCUCAAGCACGAUCAGUCUCCUUCGUGAGGUACGGAGUGCCAUGGGGCGACGAAAGUGCGGCCAUGGACCAUCUCUUCCCGGCAACCCGGAUCGCUGCUCAGCGUGCGAGCACAACGCCCUCUUGGUUGCAAGCGAACCAUCUCCGCCCUCAUCGGCCUGGCUCAAUCGGGGAUACGAGAGCGUUAAUCCUAUCUUUGGGAUGAGUCUCCCUCCAAGGCCGGCAGCGGAUCGUUUUGUCGACCUAUUCUGGACAAACAUGCACUCUCUCUACCCAUUCUUACAUUGGCCGUCCUUCCAUGACCGCUACCUCACACUCUGGAGCCCUCAGGUAAAUUUACAAGCCUAUGGAGCCACUGAUUCUUUGGAUGGGCCUGUGAACGUAUACUACAGUACCAUUGACGAUGGUCUAUUUCAUUGUAUGCUCAAUGUCGUCCUCGCUCUUGGCGUGCUCCACGACACCGGGAUCAGGCAGCAGGAACGCGAUGAGAUCAGCGAGACAUUCUUCAAGCGAGCAAAGACUCUCCUUGACCUCGACGCAUUAGAAAGUGGCAGUGUAGCUCUAGUGCAAGUUCUUCUUCUCAUGGGCCAAUACCUUCAGACCAGAGACAUAACAACCUCAUGUUGGAAUAUCGUAGGCAUGGCUAUUCGCGUCGCUCAAGGAAUGGGGCUACACCGCGAGCCUGAGGACUGGGAUCAAAACGGUUCUAGCAGCUAUCGAGCAUCAGAUCAACUCGAGGAGGAAAUGCGCAGACGCGCUUGGGCUGGGUGUGCUUUGCUCGACCGAAUUCUUUCCCUGACUUACGGACGCCCUCCCAUGAUACACGGUAGCAUCUCGCACGGCACAAUCGUCCUUCCAUCGGCAAUAGAUGACGAAUUGUUAAGUCGCGUUGCUGGUGCUCCGGGAUGCCAGCCAAGCGACACCCCAGGCCUUGUGGAAUGUUAUGUUCACGCACUUAAACUACAGGACAUCCUAGGCCAUGUUCUCACUUCCUUUUAUUACCAAGGCUCGGACAACGACACAGCAUCCUCCCCUACUCUUGACCGAAAGAUGAACAACGAGCCUGUCAGAUCGCGAAAGAACUGGAUCAGUGACGCCGGACUUCAAAAGCUGCUCGACGUAGAUCGCCAGCUCGAUACAUGGAACAAGGAUCUGCCAGCGCAUUUGCAAGUGCACAACUACUCAGAGGAAAAAUUAUUUCCGGGCAGUCCACGCUCCUUAAGGUCCAUCAUCUUUUGCCGGCAAGCCACAGUGCUCAAAGCGAGGUCUCUAUAUGUGCGUAUGAACCUGCUUAGACCUUCAUUGUCGGAGCUGUGCAAUUCUGUCAACAAGGUUGGCCUGCCGUCAACUCAGCCUGAUUCCAUAAGUACAAGUGUGCGCGAGAUCAUGCUGAUAAAGUCCGGAAAUCUGUGUGUGUCUGUUGCGCAAGAACUUGUUUCUCUGAUAACAGAAAACUCCCACUCCCGAGCCCAUUUCCUACCACCGCCAUGGUACAACGUACUUUAUAUCCACGGCUGUGCCCUCGUGCUUCUCUUGGGCUCUCUCUGUCUGCACAAAGUUAGCGACGUCGAGCAACACAGUCUAAUGGCCGACUGGGACCGCUGUUUGACCUUCCUUCGUGAGUAUCAGUCACAAAGUCAGUCUGCGCCGCGGUGCAUUAGACUUUUGGAACUUCUAGAACAAGAGGCCUCGAGCUACAGUAACGGUACGUCUUUGGAAGUUUUGCCCACGCCUACAUACUAA